CAGACACAGACUGGGAACAGCCCCAAGUCCCCACAGGCAGAGAGUGGGGACAGCCAGACACUGCCUCAGACACAGACUGGGGACAGUCAGAACCCCCUCCAGACAGGUGUCCCCCACAAUCAGAAGCCCCCACAGACACCAGGAGAGAUGGAGCAGCAGGAAGAGGCUUCGGGAGAGGAUGCCAUGCCCAUGGAAGCUGGCCCAGAGCUCCCCAUCCUGAUGAUGAACGUGAUGUCCCUGGGGGACAAUCAGCUGGGGACGGCGGCAGAGGAGGACGCGGAGAUGGAGGAGGACCCGGGAGAGCCUGACACUGAGGAAGCCUUAUCCAUGGAAGAUGAAACACUGUGUGAAGGGGCUUCUCUUGAGGACAUCAAGGUGAAGGAAGAGGAGCCUGAGCUGCUGGCAGAGGAAUCCACACCCUCUCCCGAUUCAGAGAUCCAGAAGUGUCCCAAAAACGAGCUGGUGAAAGCCAAGAUCAAGAAGAAGCCGAACCGGUGCGAGGCCAGCAACCUCCUGAUGGGCAACUGCCGGCGCGGGCACGUGCGGGAAUGGUCCCAUCCCUGCACGGAGUGCGGGAAGCGCUUCCGCCUCAAGAUCAACCUCAUCAUCCACCAGCGCAGCCAUGCCAAGGAGGGGCCCUACGAGUGCCCCGUGUGCGAGAUCGGCUUCAGCACCAAGCGGCACCUGGACCUUCACCGCGGCAUCCACGUCAAGGACAGAGCCUUCGGGGCCAAGGUCUGGGGCAACGUCCACCCCGAGCUGCGCAUCCGCCCGCGCAGGGACCUGUGCGGCGGCGGCCACGCCGGGGGGACCUGGCUGGGCCAGCCCAAGGAGGAGCCGGACAGAGAGGGCCUGUCUGGCACAGGGAUCGUGCAGCCGCCCAACCCCAGGCAGAAGUGCCCCCACUGCAAGAAGUUCCUGGCCUGGUCCACGUCGAUGCGGCGGCACCUCCAGACGCACACGCGGGACCGGCCCUACUGCUGCAGCUCCUGCAACAAGUGCUUCACCCGCAGCAAUCACCUCCUGCGCCACAAGAAGAUCCACGAGAGGGCUCUGGCCGCACUCCAGAGGGAGGCCAAGGCCCAGCCCCCUGCUGCUAUCCCGGCGUCGCUGCAGCACCAAGCUCCCGAGGCCGAGAGGAGCCCUUCCCGAGAGAAUGGGAGCCCUGAGGCUGCAAGAGCGAGCCUGCCCAAUGUGCUGCUGUUGGAGGCAACGCCACUGGGGCUCCCGGACAAAGGCUCCCCACUCCCUGACUGCAUCAGGAAAGCUGUGCAGCCCGUGGUCCAGCUGGGAACGAGGGCAGUGGUUUCAGAGAUGACAGAGAAAUGACAGACCCCGGGACAGAUCUGAGCUGUGCGUGUCCCUGGAAGGAAGCUGUUUGUUGGGGUUGCACCUGGUGGGACACCAAGAAUGGGAAUCUGCUGUGUUUUAGGAGCUUCCCGGGUUGUAGAAAGAAUGGGAAGCUUGGUGACCACAACAGAGAGCAAAUUGCAGAAGCCUCCAGUGAUCCAUAAUGCUUCACCAUUCCACUGACUUGUUCCUGUUGGCUGAUACUUGGAAUUUUCCCAAGCUGACAUUCCUGGGAGAUGACCAGGUGAAUCCUGGUCAUACAGGAGCAGAGCUUUCGCAUUCUUCGAUGUUGGAGCUGACUCCUUGCAUUCGGAAACACAACUGAAGAGGGCAGGGAGAAGGGAAUGGAGCUGGCAGCAUUCCCAUGGAGCCCUUUGCUCCAUGGAACAAGCAUCCUGACUGAGACACCAGUGGAGAGUGACAUCUCUGAGACCCCACCGUGUCCUGGCCACCCUUGUCACCCCACCCUGGGGAGGAGAUCUGCCAACAGCCCCUUCAGCAGGUUGGGAACACUGGAGCUUUGCACUGGAAGAUCCAUAGGACAAACCAAACCCCAAUAUUCUGUGCUGGCAUAUUCCAGGGAUCCCAGCAGGUCCGUGAGGAAGGCCACAGGCACUCUCAGGACUAUCCUGCACAGGUGCAGAGUGAUUUUAGGAAUACUUGACGGGUCAGCCAGCCCCAUGCUGCAGCAGCACCCCAAUCCUCGUGGAUCCGCCUGCACGGAGCAGCCCCUCAGCUCUAGAGGAAACUCCCACUCUCCCAACCACAGCUCGUCCCUUUUUGCCCAAAAUCCCACCGUAAUGAAUCCUAUGGGAAAACAGUUCUGCAGCUACCUCAGUCAGGGAGAGGGGACCUGCCCGGAGGCAGCCAGUGGAAGCCAGGCCUGGCGCUGCCCCAGUGUCCCCUGGAGCCACCAGAGCAGUGUCCUUGGCCAGAGCCCCACGUGCCUUCCACACGCUGGGUGUGCACAGGGAGAACCUCCUGCCCGGAGCCAGCGCCACACGGACACGGUGGAGCAGCUGUUGGGACUCCUGCAUUUAAGUUUUCCAGUUUUUUUUGUUUUGAGUUGUUGGAUGUAAUUAUUUGAUAUCCUGAGAUCUCUGUCCCUCUCUGAGCAGUGAGCACUGGUGGGCUUUUCCCAUCUUUCAUUCCGAGUCACUCCCAAGGUGAUGGUGCUGCUGUGGGAAGCUUUGGGAGCUGAGGGAAUGCCUGUGCCACAUCCAGGUGUGAUCCUCAGCCACCUCCUGCUCCAUGGGAUGGACAGCAGCAUCUGAGCUGCUUCAUAGGAAUACACACGACAUCCCACUGCUCCUCUGGGCUGGUGUCUCACACUUCCUGCCCCUGGGAUUGCGGUGUGGAGCAUUCCCAGCCUGCAGCAGGAGCCAGGCGGGUGCCAGUGGCAGACACAUGACCAUGGAUCUGGCAGUGAGCCAUUGGGUGGUUAUCCCUGCCCACAUGGAGAUGCCAGUGCUCCCCAGUUGAUCCCGGGGCAUGGCUGAGCUGGUGUGCCAGUGCUGAAGGCCAGCAGAAGGGCAAGCAGCCCCAGCCUGGCACUUCUAAAUCUGCUGUAACGAGGAGCAGCAUUUCCUGCAACAUUUCCGAUCCCUUUCUCAGGCUGUGGAAUCAAUAAAGUAUUUGUCUCUA